CUUCGUGCCGUCGCCUAGGUCGCGAGGGGCGGGCCUCCUCCCGACCAGGCUCUAAUUGUCCUUUGCAUUGGCCAGACAUAUCGUCACUCACGGAACUUCGAGGUCAUUGGUACGAAAGCUCCAAGAGGCGGUGGAUGAUUGGUUGGUUGUGGUUCCCGCCUCCGCGCCAGUCGCCAUUUUGCAGAGGGAGCCGAAAUCUGAAAGGCAGUGGUGUGGCUAACGGUGCUGAGUGCGGCGGCAGGUAACAGAAUUCAGUCACAAUGGGGAACGUUUUUGAAAAACUGUUUAAGAGUCUAUUUGGGAAAAAAGAGAUGCGGAUUCUUAUGGUGGGUUUGGAUGCAGCUGGAAAAACCACCAUCUUGUAUAAAUUGAAACUGGGAGAGAUUGUGACUACCAUCCCUACAAUAGGCUUCAAUGUGGAAACAGUAGAAUAUAAAAAUAUCAGCUUCACGGUCUGGGAUGUUGGUGGCCAGGACAAAAUCAGACCUUUGUGGCGACAUUAUUUCCAGAACACCCAAGGUCUGAUUUUUGUGGUCGACAGUAAUGACAGAGAGCGAGUCAAUGAAGCCCGAGAAGAAUUAACGAGAAUGUUAGCAGAAGAUGAGCUCAGAGAUGCAGUCUUAUUGGUGUUUGUAAAUAAACAGGAUCUUCCCAAUGCGAUGAACGCAGCAGAAAUAACAGACAAGCUCGGCUUACAUUCCCUCCGCCAGAGAAACUGGUACAUUCAGGCCACUUGUGCCACCAGUGGAGAUGGGCUUUACGAAGGCCUGGACUGGCUCUCCAACCAGCUCAAAACGCAGAAGUGAUCGGAAGCGCUCCAUUCCGCAUGCAUUGUGGCAAAGUCAGCUGGCCUCUUCUGUGUGCGUGUGUGCGUGUGAGGAGCCGAGGAUGGGUGUGUGGCUGGGAGUGGGAGCAGCGUUCUCACACCGUGCCUUAGACGUGCUAUAAGAAAACCAGGCUUACAUUUGAAGAAAAACCAGUGUUACACUUUAAAUGCUACCUUCCAUUUCAGGAGUUUCGAGGGUCAGCUUAGGAGGUGAUGGAGGGGUCCAUAGGGCUUUCCUGGCGCACGACCUUCCUAAAGGCCCUGGGGAUAGGCAGGAGGAGGAGAGCUGGCGUGGGGCCCGAGUGGAGCUGUGCCGUCCUGGGUCUGGCGGCUCUGCCUGCCUGGGGUCCUGUUAGACUUUGGUGGCCUUUUGUAAAAGAGGAAGGGCCUGUCGUUCUUCCCCAUCACUGCCGGAGCUAGCAACUCACUUUUCAGUGCUUUAAAGCAAAC